CCUCCUGUUCUCCUCCUGUUCUCUUCCUGUUCUUCUCCUGUUCUUCUCCUGUUCUCUUCCUGUCCUCCUCCUGUUAUCUUCUUGUUCUCCUCUGUUCCUCUUGUUCUCCUGUUCUCCUCUGUUCCUCCUGUUCUCCUCCUGUUCUCUUCCUGUUCUUCUUCUGUUCUCCACCUGUUCUCCUCUUGUUCUCCUCCUGUUCUCUUCCCGUUCUCCUCCUGUUCUCCUCCUGUUCUUCUCCUUUUCUCUUCCUGUUCUCCUCCUGUUCUCUUCUUGUUCUUCUCUGUUCCUCUUGUUCUCCUCCUGUUCUCUCCUGUUCCUCCUGUUCUCCUCCUGUUCUCCUCCUGUUCUUCUUCUGUUCUCUUCCUGUUCUUCUUCUGUUCUCCACCUGUUCUCCUUCUGUUCUCCACCUGUUCUCCUUCUGUUCUCCUCCUGUUCUCCUGUUCUUCUUCUGUUCUCCACCUGUUCUCCUUCUUUUCUCCUUCUGUUCUCCACCUGUUCUCCUAUGUUCCUCCUGCAGACUGCGGCGGUGAGAUGAAGUUGAAUGUGUUCUUGUGGGUUGUGGUUCUGGUCGGUUCCUUCCUCCCUCGCUGUGCUGACGGCCGACCCUUCAACGGUUCCACCGGCCGCCUCCUCGGACCGCUGCUCCUCCUGGGGGAGAAGUUCUCCCUGCUGGGCGGAGGAGGAGCAGUUCCGAGGUUCCUCCCUGCUUCUUCGGCAGAGAACCGGGUUCUGCUGCGGGCGGAGCAGAAGGUGAGGAGGUCCGAGGAGCCGCCCAUCUCUCUGGACCUGACGUUCCACCUGCUGCGGGAGGUUCUGGAGAUGGCCCGGGCCGAGCAGAUGGUCCAGCAGGCCGACAGCAACCGCAGGAUGAUGGACACCUUUGGAAGGAGAAGGAACGUUCUCUAGAACCUCCAGCUGGUUCCACAGAAACAAACACCAUAAAUAACCAUGGUUCUGUGUUCUCCAAUGUUCUCCAGCUUCAGUAGAUAAAUUAAACACUUUCUAACAAAUAAUUACAGAAAAAUAGAAUCUAAUUUAUUUAGUUAGAAUAAAGCCGAUGUAAUUAAUAAUAAAAUAAAUAAAGGCUUACGGCUUCUUUAUUUGCUUUUAAUUUAUAUUUAAAGUGGUUUUUAUUUUUAUUUGACUUCUCACUGGCUCUGCAGAAGUGAUGUCAUUAGGUCUGAUUCAUGAGAAACUUUUUUGCACCUCGAAUUGAAAAU